GUCAACCGAGAUAUCGACAUUUAACAGAGAUCGGGACGGAAUGAAUCAAGCGGGAGAAUGCCGAGAAUCCGCCCCCAUCAUAGAUAGCCCUACUCCGUCCUUAACCCACUGCCCAAGGAAUACUCCGAAGAUUCAGAUGGAGAUGGAAAUGUCGAGCGGAAUUGAGUUGAAUCAAGCUAUGCGAUCCAUAUUGAUGACCGGAAAUACCCGAUGAGGAUAUAUAGGUAUUAGGGUUGCACACGUAGUUAGUCCUAGUAAGCCAUGUUGAUUCGAGGUCCUCAUAUGCAAUAAUCGCCCACCGCUGUUUUCUUCGAGGUUGUAGGGAAAAUUCCGAUCCGCUAGUGGGAAGCUGCCUAUUUAAUCUAGGCCGAUACCCCUAUAUCCCCUGGCUAGGCCAGAGAGCAACCAAGUCAGACUGACCAUGGCCCCAAUAGACCAGACCGGUGCGAACCGUGAUGACAACGGCAGUUUGGACACGGAGACCGGCCUCGGCCUGGAGUACAUCAGGCCAGAACAUGCGAUUGAGCUGCAGCGUAUCAAUACAUAUCGGCUUCAACAACACGAGACCGUUGGAUCAACGCAGAGCCGUACCCAGCGCGACCAGUGGUUACCUCUCGGGGCAGGGAAACCAUAUCCUCCCGAGUUGCCCCAUGUAGAGGCAUAUAUUGUGGAAUUUGAAGGAUCUGAUGAUCCUAUGCAUCCACAGAACUGGCCUAUGAAGCGACGGAUGUUUAUGGGAGGGAUCCUGACAUUCUGCGCUCUUGUGGCUGCAUAUGCCAGUGCAAUCUUUGCGACUGCUGCGGCGGGCGCGAGGAAGGAAUUUGGCUUCGGCCAGGAGGUGGCAUCCUUGGGCACAACCUUGUUCGUCCUCGGCUUCGCUACUGGGCCAACGAUAUGGGCACCGACAUCUGAGCUGGUCGGUCGAAGAUGGCCCUUAUUGAUCGGAAUGUUCGGAUUCAACAUAUUUACCUUAGCAUGCGCGACUGGGAAGGACACCCAAACCAUCAUGCUAUCUCGCUUCUUCUCGGGGUUGUUUGCCGCCAGUGUGAUUGCCCUAGUCCCUGCCAGUCUGUCAGAUCUCUUCAACAACAACCAUCGUGGGAUUGCCAUCUCGAUUUACACCCUGGCCGUAUUCACCGGUCCAUUCACCGCUCCUUUCAUCGGUGGCUUUAUAGCCGAAAGCUAUCUUGGAUGGCGAUGGACCUUAUAUAUCACCACAAUCGCGGGCUUCUUUGGCCUAGCCCUCAUGCUCAUCCUCACCCAAGAGACGUACGCCCCGAUCAUUUUGGUAGAGAAAGCGGUGAUUCUUCGUCGCCAGACACGCAACUGGGGCAUUCACGCCCGCCAGGAGGAGCUCGAGAUUGACUUCUAUGAGCUGGUGACCAAGAACUUUGCACGACCAUUCCGGAUCCUAUUUACCGAGCCUAUCGCCUUCCUGAUCACCGUCUAUAUGUCGUUCAUCUAUGGGUUAUGCUAUGCCAUGUUGCAGGCGUAUCCCCUUGUGUUCCAAGGAGUGCACAGAAUGUCAGCUGAAGUGAGUGGCUUACCAUUCAUAGGGCUUCUUCUUGGUGCAUUUUUCGGUGGUGCAUUCGUCCUCUUCUUCCAAAGGUCAUAUGCGCGUAAAUUGGCGGCCAAUGAGGGCGUCCCGGUGCCAGAGUGGCGUCUACCCCCGUGCAUAGUCGGAGGCGUGGCUUUCGCAGGGGGCUUAUUCUGGUUUGGGUGGACCGGGUUCUCGCCGCGGGUUCACUGGAUGGCCCCGGCGGCCUCGGGCGUGAUGAUUGGAUUUGGCCUCACGACUAUCUUUAUGCAGGGAUUUAAUUACCUGCUCGAUUCUUACCUGAACUUCGCUGCCUCUGCGUUCGCCGCCAAUACCAUCAUGCGCUCCCUGGUGGGGGCCUGCUUCCCGUUGUUUACGCGACAAAUGUUCGCCAAUUUGGGCAUCCAAUGGGCUGGAACGCUGCUAGGGUGUAUCGGAGUGUUGAUGGUGCCGAUUCCCCUACUCUUCAUGAACUAUGGGCCUCGACUACGCCGCCAUAGUCGGCUGGCACCCCAGGUAGAAAAACACGCAUAAUCGCAAGCCGCCUGCCUGAUUCCGGGAACUGAGUCAAUGUCAGCAAUGACUAAGGGGAAAGACCCUCUGUAUAACGAGCCUGUAGAAUAAAUACCCUUAGUUACCUUGGCC